AUGAACGUCUUAAAGUUACAGAAGAAGUUUCCCCAAUUAGACCAGGGUGACAUCUUCUCCAUAAUUGAAGAUUUCCGGAAUAUCGAUUUGGAAGAAAAGGGUUGGGUUGAGAAGAAGGAUGUUAUCAAUGCAAUCUCCAAAAAGGGCGAAUUUACUUACGAUCAAGCAAGAGAAACCUUGAAAGUCGUUGACGUGGAUGCCUCUGGCCAUGUCGAGUUAGAUGACUAUGUCGAGUUGGUGGCCAAAUUGAAGAAUGUCGAUGGACCAGCACCUUCGCCAAGGGCUCCGUCCGGUGGGAAAUCAUUUGGUGCUUUGAGUUCCUCAGCUGCCUCGCCAUCUAAGCGAGUGUCAUCUGGAGUUGCGCCAAUUGCGACGGCGAACACGGCACACAAGACAUACAUCAGUGGUAAGACUGAUGGCACUACUCACACUAUAAAUGAUGAAGAGAGAUCUGAAUUCACCCGUCAUAUCAAUUCCGUUCUUUCCGGAGAUUCAGAUGUUGGUAGCAGAUUGCCAUUCGACACCGAGACGUUCCAAAUCUUCGAUGAAUGUCGUGAUGGUUUGGUAUUAUCCAAAUUGAUUAAUGAUUCGGUUCCUGACACAAUUGAUACUCGUGUUUUGAAUCUUCCAUCUGCGAAGAAGAAAACACUAAAUAAUUUUCAGAUGUCAGAGAAUGCCAACAUUGUCAUUAACUCGGCUAAAGCCAUUGGAUGUGUUGUUGUCAAUGUUCAUUCGGAGGAUAUUAUUGAUGGUAAGGAACACUUGAUUUUGGGUUUGAUUUGGCAGAUUAUCCGUCGCGGCUUGUUAUCCAAGGUCGAUAUUAAAUUACAUCCCGAAUUGUACCGCUUGUUGGAAGACGAUGAAACUCUUGAGCAAUUUUUGAGAUUGCCUCCUGAACAGAUCUUGCUACGUUGGUUCAAUUACCAUUUGAAGAACGCUGGUUGGCAUAGAAGAGUUGGAAACUUCUCUAAAGACAUAAGUGAUGGAGAAAACUAUACUGUGUUGUUGAACCAAUUGCAACCAGAAAGUUGUGACUUGUCCCCAUUGCAGACUGCAGACUUAUUGCAACGUGCGGAGCAAAUUUUGGAGAGUGCUGAGAGAAUUGGAGUUCGUAAGUAUUUGACUCCAACUUCUUUGGUAAGUGGAAAUCCGAAAUUGAAUCUUGCAUUCGUUGCGCAUUUGUUCAACACAUAUCCUGGUUUGGACCCUAUCGAGGAAAGUGAGAAGCCUGACAUUGAAGACUUUGAUGCUGAAGGAGAGAGAGAGGCCAGAGUGUUUACGUUGUGGUUAAACUCCAUGGAUGUUGAUCCCCCAAUUGUCUCUUUGUUUGAGGAUUUGAAGGAUGGGUUGGCGCUUUUGCAAGCUUACGACAAGGUUUUACCUGGCAGUGUCUCCUGGAAACAUAUCAAUAAAAGGCCAGCCAAUGGUAGCGAGUUGUCACGUUUCAAAGCCUUAGAAAAUACUAACUAUUCUGUGGAGAUUGGCAAGGCUAACAACUUUUCGUUAGUUGGAAUCGAGGGAUCUGAUAUCGUUGAUGGCAACAAGUUGUUGACAUUGGGCCUUGUUUGGCAAUUAAUGAGAAGGAAUAUUGUUAACACACUUUCCAGCUUGGGUAAUGGCAAGCAUGUUUCAGAUGCUGACAUUUUGAAGUGGGCAAAUGCUCAAGUUGCAAAGGGCGGAAGAACAAGUAACAUCAGGUCAUUUAAGGAUUCCACUUUAUCUAAUGGUGUUUUCUUGUUGGAUAUAUUGAACGGGAUCAAGCCUGGUUAUGUUGACUACGAUUUGGUUUAUCAAGGUGCAAAUGUUACUGACGAGCAGAAAUAUGCUAACGCAAGAUUAGCUAUUUCGAUUGCUAGAAAAAUUGGUGCCUUAAUUUGGUUGGUACCAGAGGAUAUCAACGAAGUGAGAAGUCGUUUGAUCUUAUCCUUUGUUGGAAGCUUGAUGAACGUCAGUGACCAAAAGUAA